UCAAAAACCAAAAGAACACAAUUGCUUACCUAAUAAAUGUUACGAGGAUUAAGUGGUGGUCUGAAACAAUUUUUUUAACGGUGACGGUUUAUCCGAAGACGUAGAUGUGCAAAUGUAGCACGCCCUGUACUAUUUACAUCACGCUGUAACAGUACCAUCGUCGACCACACAGCUCAAAGUUUCUAAUAAGGCAUUAAAAAUGAUGACACCGCCAGUGAUCCACCGAAUUCCAUGCAUCGCAUUAUCUGUAUUAGCGUUAGCAGUGCCAAUCCACGGAGGCCGUGAACAAGCCAUUGCCUCCGGACUGCCGUUAAUAUCCAUCACCAACUGGCACGGGGAAGGGUACGGUGAUUUACAGAUUCGGGGCGAUAAAAAUGAUCGGGUGUUGGUGGUCGGUACGCGGGGAUUCGAUGACAGUUAUUGCGCUUUCGUGGUCAAACACGAGCGCAGCGUCCCCAAAGUGGGCUCCUUGACGUUGUGUCGGUGUGAUCAGAUCCUGUACAAUGCCAGAUCCCCCAAGGAUUCCUAUAGCGGACCCCCUCCUCAACCGUGGCAGGCCACGGAUUCCAAGCUGUUCUCCGUCAAAGACGGAUGGGUGGAUACGACGCUGGAGUACAUUGAAAGUGAGGUCUGUGCUCCCGGUCCGUGCUGUUACGAGAACGUGACAAAAACUCCGGAUUUUCCACCUGGAUUCGUUCCGAAUUACAGGAAGAGCGCAACAACAGGAACGACAUUGUCCACGACGACAACCACAACAAGUCAAGAAUCUGUGGACGAACAAAAACAAGGACUGAGCACCGGAAUUAUUGUUGCCAUUGCCGUUGGUGGUGGAGUAGCUUGCCUGUAUAUGCUGUGGAGCUGGGAUCUAUUACUACUACCGACGUCGAAAUUUAAGCCAACCAAAAAGAGGCCGACUUCAGCCAAAACCGAAAAAGAAAACGCCUAAACCGAAUGCAAUUGCGUGUCGAUAAAAAACUUAGACUUGCUCGCAAAAAGUAGACAGCUAUUUUACACUGCUGUCCUUCAAAUUUUCUGUAAUUUUAGCUUUUUUUCAAGUUCUACAUCACCAUUUUAUUUAUCUGCAAUACUUAUAAUUGCGACAAAACAUUAACCGACAAAACGAAAAAUAAACCUCUUUUGGCGUA